UAAGAGAAGAAAGUAGGUGCAUUAGAAUAGACAUGAAGUUAGAAGGCGUGAUAGGAGGGUGCAAGGACCAUCCAAAUAACAAGCAAGUACCAGGUGUUUGCCCCUAUUGCUUAAGAGACAAACUCUCGAGGCUAAACAACAACAACAACUACAAUCCAACUUACCCUCUUCCCUCUCCUCCUUCCCCUCAACCUCAACUUUUCCCUUCUUAUGUGUCACGCCACCACCACCACUAUCGCCGCCAUAGUUCCAUCGCCAUGGAUUCUGUUUCUUCCAUGACCACCUUCAAUCAUGAGUUGAAGAAGAGUAAGUCCAUUGCCUUUGAUAGGGAAGUCAAUGGAAGCAACAGGGGAAGAAAGAAAACAAGUGUUUGGUCCAAGCUAUUCAAAUUGACCAGAAAGAACACCAAAGAGGCCUUCAUAUGCGUUCAAGGACAACAAGGGAGGGAGAUUUGGCAUUCUUAGGUCCUUUAUUUUGAUGAUCCUGUUUUUAAUUGGUGUAACUACACAUGAUUGAUUAUAUCGUAAUUUAGAUCAAAAUUAAACUCACCUCUUAAUGAGAGGAUGGAUGGGAUGAGCACAGUUUUCUACAGUUAAGAUGGCUAUUGGCUUGUUCCGGGGA